UCGUGAAAAUGAGUGGGAAAGGAUUUUUAGGGGUAUAUAAUCCUGACCUGCAACUAUUUCACAACUUCAUCAUGCUAAAUGAAGCUUCAUCACGCCACAAAAAUAGGCCUUCUUCAGCAACAGCUCUAGUUAAGUCUGGCCAUGAAGAACGCAGGUCUUCCCGGUUACAAAGCCUGAGACCUUCAAACUCCACAUCAAAAAUCAUAUUUACUGGCAUCUUAAAUCCUACCACGUGCAUUAAUGUUAAUGUUACCAUCAUGUUCAUUGUCUCCAAGGAGCACUACCCAGUUUAUGAUGUAAACAACCUGUACAACACAAAUGCUGAAUUUGACUGGGGAGACCUUCGAAGCCUCAGAGAGGAAGUAAGAGAGGCCUCCCAAAAAUUCUUCUUCCUUUUCCAGUUCCAGUACCCUGGUACCUACGUGCUACAGCUGAGUAGCAAUAGGCACAAAAGAAUGUAUGUUAGGGUCAUGCCACUUGGAGGACAGUGUUAUGAAGAGGGACCAUUCUUCCCCACAACACCCAGAUAUGCUGUACAGGUGGGCAUUGCAAAAAACCGAGACCUCCUACUGAAACCUGACUGGACAGCAAUUACUGGAGUGAUCACAGGACUUCUCAUAUUGCUUAUUGCCUCUGUGGUAUUGGCACUUCUUUGCCAGGGACUUAGCCGGUCGCAGAAAGGCACUACCUGCCCUCCAUUUCGAAGGCAGCAGCUGAAGUAUAGUCUGGACAGCUAUUCCUCCAAUGUAUCAACAGUCUUUUCCGUUAAAAAAUGUCACCCCUCACUGCAGAACAAAGGCAGUAUGGAUGAUGACUCUUGCAGCACUGGUGGAACAGCCUCCUUCCUGAAAAGGGGUGAUGUUUGGGAGCCUGAAGAACAGAUAGACCUUGAAUCAUUUAAUACCAAUGUUUUCUUUGAACUUUUGCUGAGACAGUCACUAUCUGUUACAACCAAACUGGGCCAUUUCAAAGAAGAGGUGAAAAAUAUAUAUUGCAAGCUUACGAGUGAAAUAUCUUCACUGAAAAACCUUUGGAUAAAGACACUGAGUAUCCCAGAAGAGAUGGAGGCUUAUGAGAGCACAAUGACAGAGGCUUACUUAAAAGUGAAACAGCAGGCAGAAGAAGAGAUGCAGCAAAGGAAACAGUUGGCUGCUGAAUAUGAGGAAAGUGUGAACAAACAGAUGCACUUAUUACAGCAUGAUCUGAAAUGUCAGGAAGAGCAUUGUGUCAUGUUCAAUUCUGCCUUGAGAGAGGUGGUGAGAUUGGCAGAGAUGCUGACAAAUAAGGUGGCUUGUAAAGAAAACCAAACAACACUGUCUCAGCCAGACUGUGCAAGCCUGUUAGCCCAGAUAGAGGCUGCAAGCAGCAAGAUGUCAAGCAUAAUAAUAAAGGAGAGUCACCGCCUCAAAGCAUGGGGAGUACUGGGUGAAGGAACAGGAGCUCACCUUCUUAACAAAGCUAAAACCAGGAUACUUACCAAGGAAGAGCUAGUGGACUCAAAUGGCACUGCCCGAGCACCUGAUGUUGUCUUCGUGGAUCCUGUCACUGGAUUGUUAACUCCCUACCCACACUGCGCCAUGCUGCUGACCAGUCAGUGCCCUGGGCCGGUACCUAGCAAUCAUUUUCUGCAUCCUGAGACUGGAAAGGUACUUCACGUAGCUGGUAACGUUGGUUAUGAUCCCAUCAGAUCUAGGCUGGUCUGUGCUGUUGAUUCUGCUUCAGGUGCUAAGCGUCAUAAGCCUGAAGUGCCCAUAUUUCCCUACAUUCCUUACCCAGUUUGUCCCAACACUGGCCUACCCGUGAAGACAAAACUUCCAGUCCUGUGUCCUGAAAAAAUGUUUGGUAUGGGAGGACUCAUGCUAGAUCCAGUGACAGAAAUAGAAGUUCCAGUGCUUGGGGUUACAAUUCAUCCUCACAGCGGGCAAAAGCUGACUGUUGGUGGGACAUACCUUAACCCUCUUACUGGCAUGUUGACACCUCUGGAGAUUGGGGGUCCUAUGACUGAGCCAGAGGGAGGCAAGAUUGUUCCAAUACUCGGAGUCGGUUUGGAUAGUAACACUGGAGAAGUUAUACCUCUAGGUGGGCUGGUGGAUCCUUCCAGAAACCUAAUGCUUCUUGGAGAUUCCUUCACCGAACCUCUGAGUGGGAAAACAGCCCGGGUACAUGGAGCUCACCUCCGGCAAGACGAGGUGCUGCCCCACAGUGGAGGUUACCAAGCAGUGUUGGAAGCUGACUGGCUGGUAUCACAAACCCAUGUGGUGAAUGCUCUAAAGCAGUUUAAGGCAUCAGUUUUGGAAGAUACCUGUCUAGCAGCAGACAGAUUAGCAGCACUAAAGGCUUCAGUAGAAGAUAUGAAGAAAUCUUUCACCACUAGGUUUUAUCAUGCAAUACAUUGCUUGCAAAGCCUGGAGAAAAAACGGGAAAUAGCUUCAAGUCUCAAGAGUAACGGUGGUAAACUGGGUAUGAUCAAAUAUCCUGGCACAGAGAUGUGGAUCCCUGCAGUGUUUGGAAUGAAAAUCCCAGAUCCUGGUGGGUCCAGUUUGAUGGUGCCAAUUCUGGGAAUAGACUGUGACUGGAACACUAGGCAGCCUUCCCCACUCGCAGGAACCAUGGAAGACAGAAACGGAAAAGGCCUUGUCCCCAUCACUAUUGGUGCCAGAACCAUAAGUCCAAUUACAGGGGAAAUUGGGCCUAUUAUAGGUGCUCAAACCAACCCCUGGACACACAAUGUAAUUCCUACUGUUCAGUCUCUUGGAGUUUUACCAAGAAGAGCUACGGAUCCAGAUCUGCUGGACUUUCUAGAAAAGGAAAUAAAUUCAAAGCAUAUAUACUGGCAUUGCAGAAGAAAAAAGGAAGAAGGGCUUCUUAAAAAGCUGAUCUCUCUAAUUCUUCAUGUCCUUGAUGCUGCAAAAGAGGGAAAGGCACAGAAGAUAAAAUACAAGGAAAAAGUAAAAGACAUUGAGGAAAUGUGCCAUUUUCUUAAAGGGUCCUCUCUGCAGGAAGCUGAGAGACGAACCUCAAAAUAUUUCAGUAGCCAGACGGCCACCGAACUAUGCUUACUAUUCAAAGCUGACAGAGAUGAAAAAGAACAGGAAAUACAGGUUCUGUUGGAGAUCAGAAAGGCACUGGAGAAGCUGAUGGAAUUCAUUGAAAAGAUGCAACUAGAAGAAGAACGAAUAUACAUGCAGCUGAUAGAGAGAGAAAAGCAAAGGAGCCACAUCUCCAGUAUUGAGACAGUAACAAACUUGAAGCUCAGAAAGGUCAUACUUGCCCUAGCCUCUGAGUCUCAGGAAUGUAUACUGAAACAACAAGCUAGUGUGGAGACUGCAUACACCAAACUGGAAUAUUUGAGGGACUUGUCAAAUAUCCAGAUGCAGCAGGCAAAGAUGCUUUUCUCCGGGUCACAACAGUGUUUUGAAAACUAUCAGACAACCAAAUUUUAUGGCAUUAAUGGGAUCUCACAUAGUACAUGCAAGGUCAUCCAACAAAACCUGAUCCCACUACUCAAGUCUACGGUUCAGAUGCUGGAGGAAAAUAGCAAUAGUGUAUCACCUGAGACAUCAGGCUACUCAUCAAGGAGCACUUUAAAUGCUCAUUCAGAGGCAUUAAGGGCUGAAGCAAGUCAGGAAACCGCUUCAGCUUCCAUAGUAUCACCUGUUCUCCCCACUUCACAUUCAGAAAGGAUCAGCCACAUACAACAAGAAAUCCAUACAAGGUUUUUCUUUGAGAAGCAUGCUUGUGAACUGGCACAUCUGGAACUGUCCUUACUGACAGAAGAAAUAAACACUAUCUUUUCCUUUUAUGAAUCAUCCAAGGCUAAGGAAAAGGAAUACCAUAAAGGAAAUUGGUUUCAGGGGAUGAAAACCAGUAAAGGAACAGAAGCAACCACCACAAAAAAUUCACUUCUGAAAGAACUGUCAGAACACCACCACGACACUGAACAAGCCCUCCGUCAGAAACAACUGGAAGAAAUCAAGCCUUCAGGCCUCAUCCCAGAGUUAACAGUGCCCAAACAGACCCUACAUUUUCUGGAAGAAAUUCCAGAUCAGUUGUCAAUUUGUCUUCUUGGCUUACAAAUCCCAGAUUCUAACUUCAUUGAACAGCAAAAACUACAUUCUUGGGAAGUCAAGCAUUCACCAGACUCUGUAACUCAAAUACUACAAGUUUCAGCAGUGAAGAUAGUAAAGCUGGAAGCUCUGAGGCAAGCAUGUCUGUACAGAGUCCUUGAUCUCUACAGCAACCUUCAGAUUCUGACUUGCCCAGAAGGUGUGACAAGGAUUCUGAGCAGUCUUGACUACAAAAAUACUGGUGAACAAGUAGCCCGAGAGGUCGCCCAGACUAGAGAGAAACAGCAAGUAGCAAGAGCAGUGGCCUUUCUUCACAAGCAUCAUCAGGAAGGGGAUUUGCUUAAAGGUUUAAAGGAAGAAUCAGAAGUUGAGCUGAGAAACAUGCAGGCACAAUUUAGACUGGAACUUCAAACACAGACAGAGGAAAAGAUGCAAGCCAAAGAAAUGCAAGUCAUCCAGGAGACCGAAGGAAAGAAGUUAGGGAAUCUUGUGGCAUAUUUCAUCCUAUCUCAGAGACACCUGCGGCAAACAGUCAUUAUGCUACAAGAUUGCUACAAGCUCAAGAAGAUUGCCUUGAGGUCCCAAAAGGAGGGCACAGGCCUGGAACAACUUGUUGUAGAAGAAUUAUUGAUUGAUGAUGACACCAGGGACAUUUCACAUCUCCUGAAGGACAACACAGAGUAUAUAUUUUUAGUGCUGGAAUUUAUACAAAGUGUAAGAUUGUUACAACUGAGAGAGACACAGUUUAAGGAAAUAGUCAGAAGCCUAAAAGACUGCAUCCAGGAGAAGUUUGUGGAUGAAGCUAACAUCACAGUCAAUGAAAUGAAAAAAUUCAGAGAGCAGAAAAUGAGAAGGCUGGAAGAACAGCUGAAACUCUUCCUGGAAGAUAAAAGAACAAAGAAGAAUAUUUCAAGUAAUCUUGAUCCAUUGCAGAAGAAAAAUGCCACCUUGAAAACAGAAGAAGCAACAGAAAAAAGACAAGACCUCUGGCAGACUUUCCAAGAGAAGCAUCUGGACCUCAAAGAAUCUCACAUAUGGCAAAUAUCAGAUGAAAGAGCAAAGCUGCAGGAUCAUCUGCUCUGUGGAGAACAGGAGAGCAGGAUGAAGCCCACAGGGUUUGAUUCUACAGCAUACAUUGAGCAGCGUAAUACGUACUCGAUGAAAGAAUGCAGUGAAACAAAAGCUUUCUUAGGAAAGGAUUUUCAUCCAGAUUUGCAGAAGUCUUUCUGGGUUCCAGGGAUACAUCAUAAGGCAGAUGACCAGCUCCUAUUGUUCUUGACUAAGAAUAUCAAGGUGCUGAAGCAGGCAGAACACCUGAUGGUAUCCAGAAUCAUUCUUCUGAAUCCACAGUUUACACCACCUUCACUGUAUGGUGGUGAUAAAGCUAAGUGUAUAAAAACAUCUUUUCUUCUUGGUCUUCUGAAAGACGUGAAUGAUGAGCUCCAAAGUCAUGCAGUGGCAGCUGGACUACUAGAAAGCCAAAGGCUGGAGAAAAAAACAGCAAGUACUUCUCAGGGUAUACAGGAUGCCUUGAUGACCCAAGAAGGAGAACUAACAGCAGUUGAUCCCACAACCCUUUCUACAAGAGAGUUUGUCAUAUAUCAGUAUGGCAUCUCCAUCCUACAGUUUCUCAGAUUUCACAUUGAUGCGCCAGAAGUUAAUCUGUGUGUUGCCUCCAGUGUACCUCUUAGUAAUGCCACAGGCAAUGCCUUCAGAAACUCUUUCUUUUAUCAGCUCUGGAUAUUUGUUCUUUCUCAGAAUUCAAAGAACAAACUAUUCAUUUUAAGGGAUUGCCUGAGUUCUGUUGGAAGUUUCCUUCUCCUCCUCGUGCACUGCUUAGCUCAUAUCACUGCUGCUGACUUCAACCAUGACAACAAUCCACUCUUUCUGAGGCUUUUUUAUCAGGCACUAAAGGCUUGUCUUAGUGAAACAUUCUCUCUCAGACUCCAGUUGUCAGCAUUUCUCCAGGGUGAUAAAUCUUAUGGGAUAAGUCAGAUAUUGCUAAAGGAAGAACCAUUCUGCAAGGAGGAAAUAAAUCUCAUCUCCCAACUUUUUGAGGUGAAAGUGAAAAGCCUCACGGACAUGGAAGGCUUUGAGAAGAACAACCUCUUGCUCCAUAAGAAAUCUGAGGAACUACUAAACGACAAGUUGCUUGUGAAGAAAAAAGAGCAUUUCCUUUGUGCCUCGAGCAGCUAUGAAAAGGGCAGCUUUGGAUGGAGGACACGCUUCGAAGAGGAAACUUGUGCUUACUUGUCCCUUUCAGAACUUGAGGAUAAAGUGGAUGUGUUAACUGAAGAGCUGGUACACAUCAUAGAGGAUGAACACCAGUUUUUAAACAGUAAAGGCAAUGAAGACUUGCUUUUUUACUACCUUGAAAUAACUAGUUUGGAGAAAGACUGUUUGGUAAAACAAAUAAAUGCAUUAGAAGAGAAAAUAGCCCUAGGCAGAAAGUUGUAGUGGUACUCAAAAGACGACUUGGUGCUUUGGUUCUAACUUGGUCCUCUGCAUUUGUCCUCAGGCUUUAAGCCACAGUAAAUCUUGUAUUUUUAUUCUAACUAUAAUGUAUUUUCCCCCUUCAUACAGCUCAUUAAAUUAGGAGUGAAAGCAAUGUAGUAAUUUAAGUGACAAGACUUUAAGUGACUGGUGUUUCUGGCUAUAUCCAAGUGGUCAAAAGACAAACAUUGUUGCAAAAGUUCAGACUCAGAGUUUUCAGGAACAGAAGCAAAAUACAAAAUCACUUAUAAGCCUGCUUAGCAUUAAAAAAAAAAAAAAAUUUCUAAAACUAAUAUAUCACUCUACUACAUGUUCUGAAGCCUCCACAGACAACCGAUUGUUACACUUUUCUUCUGACUUUGAGACUGUGAAAGCCACAGAUAUAAUCAACCCAAGUAACUGUAUCUACAUGAUUACACAUCAAGAGUGAGAUAUUAUCUCUGCCACUGAAAGUGACUUGCCCAGGCCAUACAGCCUUUACUUGUUCUGAAGUCACCAUAUUUCACCUCCUCUGUAGUACCAUCUAUAGAGGCAUGCAGGUCCUGAACUGCUAGACUAACCCUGCUCUUAAACUGAGAGAGACAGUGUUUCCUCCUCUCAUAUUCAAGACCCAAACCCUGAAACAUUCAGUAUUUGCUGAUCAAUGAAACAUCACCUCUUCUCUGCCACCACAGCCUCUGGUUUAGGUAAAAAGCAAGUGGAGAAAGAGCAGAAUCACCUAAGAUCCUUCCUUCCCCACCAGUACAAGAAUUCACAGAGGCAUGGGACAAGAUUCAAAUUAUUUCAUGAGUCACUGAAUACCCUCAAUACUAAUGCCAUUACCUCAUUUUACAUCAAAUAUUCAACACUGAGAAGUGGUUGGAUUAUUACAACUUUACAAAUUAUGUAUCCAUUCUAUUCUCUCAGAAUUGCUUAGUCAAUUGUUCACACCUUCACCCCCAUACACAGAUGCUUAUUUU